AGCUCCUGGCCGGCUCCCUGCACGCGGUGGCUGAUGAGAGUUGGAGUUGUAGUUUGUCUCAGGAGAUGAGGAAGCAGCUCGGCAGCUACAGCGGUUCCCCGGCAGAGGUGAACUUCCUGUAUAGAUGUAUUGGAACCACACUGGGAGCAUGCUGCAACCGAGACGUGGUGAGGAAAGGGCUGCAGGAGCUGCUGACCAACGCCCAGUACCAGGAGGAGGCCGAGCGGGAGGGUUUGGCCGCCGCCUUUGGCAUUUGCUCCGCCCAUCACCUGGGUGACACGCUGGAGAAGUUGUCGGAGUUCCUAAAAUCGGACAUCAUGAAGAAGAAUAUGGGAAUCUUCAACAUCUUCAAG